AAAGUUUCUAAGGGCAGGACUGGCAUAGUUGUGAAUUUACAGAGGAAAAAAAAAAAAAAAACUGAUGCUGCCGAAAUAGUCAUUUUAGCCUCGCAUUAAAUUGUAUAUAUAUAUUUUUGUUUAAUUAACUCCUUCUACAAACGUCAGUGUCUUGAUUUAAAAAGUCAAGUGUUUUCUGAAAGACUUUGCUUGAUCUUGUGUCUCAGAUUUGUAACAAUAAGGAUUGGAGAUUGAUUAACCACCUCAGGAAGCUGCCUUAAUACAUAGACCCUUGAAUUCUUGAAAAUGCAAAAUGAUAUGGAUCCAAACCUGGACCCCAGUAAAGAUGACCUUCCUCUCAGGGCCAACACCAACCACAUGCUCGUAAGGCAUUACGUUUUGGACUUGGCUGUGCAUUUUCAAAGAAAGGUCAUUAGUGGCAACAUUGUUCUUUUCUUUGAAUCCAGGAAAGAUGGUCAUAAAUUUUGUAACCCUGUAGGAAAUGAAUCCUGUGUCCAAAGAGUGUCUUGUUUUCCAGUGACGAGUAUUUAUUCACCUCCAUCUGACACGAAUAAUGCUGGUGCCCUUGGAAGUGACGGAAAAGAUACUGAUAAAAACUGUAACCAUGGCAACAUGGAAACACCUUCAAGGAUUUUCAAUUCAAAGAAGGACUGCGGAGACACAGCUGAAUCCAGGAAUGAGGAUUUUGUGCUGGUGUUGGAUUGCUGUGAUCUUUCUGUGUUAAAGGUCGAAGAGGUUGAUGCUGCUGUUGUGCCAGGUAUCUGGGAACUAGAUGGGCAGUGCACAGAAGAUGGCCUUUCCAAAGAGCUAAGCAACCGCCAACAGAGACAAACUUUGCACAGACUUGAGAAUUUACCCUCAAGGAGCUGGCAGGAGCAGCAUGACUUGUUUUUGCAAUGCAGCCGAGUACCAGGAUGUGGAGAGCUUCCUUUUGAAAUGGACUCCUGGAGUCUGCAAAUCAGAAAACCGGGAAUUAAGAUGGCAAGGUAUUUCCCACAUUUAGUUAGGAUCUGGUAUGAAACUAAGCCUGAUGGUGCUUCAGUCAGAUGGACGAAGGACCAAAGUAACAGAGCAUGUGUGUACACUAUGGGGUCUCCUAUAAACAACAGAGCCCUCUUUCCAUGCCAGGAGCCCCCAGUUGCCAUGUCAACCUGGCAGGCAACCAUCCAGGCUCCAGAAGGGUGCAUGGUUCUCCUGAGUGGUGAAAACACUGCUGAACCUGUCCAGAUAAAAGAAGGUGUUUCAAGUUGGUUUUAUUAUGUCACUAUGCCAAUGCCUGCAUCCACUUUCACCAUUGCGGUGGGGCACUGGAUAGAAGCUAAACUGGAGGACAGCUUGCUAACAUCUUCAGCAGAAGAAACAUGCAGCUCCUCACAGCUGCCCUGCAGUCACAUGGAUUACCCGUGUCGUUUCCAAGAUCCAGCUGCCCAGGUGCAGGCUGUGAUUCCUCACAGAGUCUUUACUCCACACUGUCUCAAGGAAAAGUCUCAGGAGAUCCUGCUCCCACUGCUCCCUCGCUGCCUCACAGCAGCACACUCUGUGCUGGGCACUCAUCCUUUCCCCAGGCUUGAUGUACUGCUUGUCCCAGCUGGAUUUUCUAGUCUUGGAAUGGCAAGCCCACAUAUCAUGUUCCUGUCUCAGAGUGUACUGGCUGGGAAGACGCACCUCUGUGGGGCGCGAUUGUGCCAUGAAAUCGCCCACGCCUGGUUUGGACUGGCCAUAGGUGCCCAGGACUGGACAGAGGAGUGGAUCAGUGAGGGCUUUGCUACGUUCUUUGAAGAUGUGUUUUGGACCAACGCACAAAAGCUUCCACAGAAGGAGGCAGCGGAACAGUAUGAACUGAAGGCCUUGCUCCGUUGGAGGCGUCUCAGGGAAGAACUUCAGAACUCAGAAGAAGAGCUGCAAGUGUUGAGGCCUAACAGAGAGCAAACUGGUGAAGUCAGUCCCUCAGGGGCAUCCCUUGUCAAACAUGGCCUCAACCCCUGCAAAAUCUUCAUGCAGGUUCAUUAUUUAAAGGGCUAUUUUCUUCUUCGUUUUCUAGCCAGUAAAAUAGGAGAAGAGCGAUAUCUAAAAUUCUUCCGGCUGUUUGUGCAAAAAACUCACGGUCGACUCAUUCUUUCUCAGGAUUUUUUACAAAUGCUGCUGGAGAAGUUCCCAGAAAUAAAGAGACAAGGUCUUGCUCUUGACAUGAUUUAUGAAGACUGGCUGGACAGUGCUGGGAUACCAAAGCCCUUGUUGGAGGAGAGCGACGCUUGGCUUGAAAAUCAGUUGGUUGAAGAAGUAAAACGAGAGGUUGCAAAAUGGAUUCACUUCAAUCAGAGGAACCGAAAGGGCACCAAACGAAAAAGGAGAGCGGAGGAGCGGGUGAUCUUCAAAGAGGUUCUCCCAGACCAGCUGGUCCUGCUUCUGGAGCUCCUAUUGGAGGAGGAGUCGCUCAGUGUGGGGACACUGCGGUGGCUGGAGAGGAGAUACAGCCUCUGUGAGCAGGAUGCUGAGGUGCGGCAUCGUUGGUGUGAGCUUGUUGUCAAACACAAACACACUGCUGCAUAUAAAGAUGUGGAGCAGUUUCUGAAGAAAGACCAGGCAAUGGGCGUCUACCUGUAUGGAGAGCUGAUGGUUCACGAGGAUGCUAGGCAGCAGGGGCUGGCCAAAAGCUGCUUUAGAGCUGUUCAUGAAGAAAUGGACCCGACCUCUAAGAAAGUGGUGGAGGAGAUGAUCUUAUAAAUGUGUAGAGAGCCACGGUCUUAAAGGCAGAGCAUAAAGGAAGGACCACAAGAUGAGCCACUCGGCAUUCAGCCUUAGAGCUCCAGCUAGGUUCACACUGAAGGACACUAGCUGUUGUUUAAUUGGAAGGAAGAUUUAUGUCAACUUUGAAAUGUAUUUAUUUGUAAUCCAUACUAAAAACUGAUUAAAGAGUUGUAUUUGGAUAAAUUGUUUUAUGGAAUGGACUGACGUAAUGCUGCUGAAAUUGUCCAAAACAUCUUUGAAAAUGACUUAAAUGCUACAGCUGUAAAUAUAUGUAUAUAUAUAAAGCAAAUAGUAUUUUUUUUGUAUUUUAGUUGGGGUAGUGUUCCUGGUUAUCAAACAAUCACUAAUAAAAUGUUUGCAAAUGUCUAACAAUGAAUUCUGUGAGCUCCAUAUUGAGUCUUGUAAAUGUUAAUUCAGAUUAACUGUGUAAUUUACUCCAGGCACUGGGAGACCAUAUGGAAAUAUAUACUGUAGGUUUAAAUAUAUAUAUGUGCGUUUUUGACAGGUUGGAUAUUGAUAAAAUAGUUACCAUCCAACGAACAAGUACUACACAUUGUUCUUUUUUAUUUGAAUGUAAUAAAUAGACUAUCAUAUUUAAAAAAAAAUAAAAAAAAAAUGAAUAAAGAAUACUACUGUACUGCCACUGUUCUAUACCACCAACCAAUAUAAAGUACCCCUACUUUAUAUUCACAUCUUUUGACAAAUUCCAACUGCAGACUAUACAUCACACACAACAAUAUCAACUGUUAUACAAUAGUUUCUAUUGUCAGUUUAUGCUCCUGCAGUCCAUAUGAUCUGGUUUAAAAUGUUAUAAAACCAUAUUAAGUAAACAGUUACACGAUUUGCUAGCAAUAUACAGUAUGUAUCUUUAUUUCAGUGUCCAAGUAAAAACCAAAACCUGGCCCACAGCUGAACAGUGCUAAAAUCAACAUGUAUUUUUCUCUAGUUGUUGUCUAGUGGUAGGUAAAUGUCAAACAGUGUGAAUCAGCAGUAUAAAUAUAAGAGAUUUACUCAGGUCUGGCUGAGUCAGUCACAAAGAAUGUGGAUACAGAUGUCUGCUUCUUAAAGCUGCACUUGGCAUCAGUGGCUUGGUUUGAUGCCACCCUAUCAUAAAAUUUAUUGAAAACAAUUUCCACCAUUUUGUUCCUGCUCUAGUGGGAGUUUUAAAGAUGAAAUAGAAGAAUAUUCUGUCUGCUGAAGUGAAAUGUAUAGGGACAUUGUUUAUUGCAAAACUAGAGCUUUUGUAAUGUCUGACCUAUUUAGCUUUUUGUAGUACUUCUUUAAAAAUAAUCAAUUAGAAAAGUAAAUCUGAAAUAUGCAGAACACUUUGCAUAUUUAUAUUGUACAAUCAAAACUAAAUACAUAAAAUACAGUAGAAAGAUAAAAUAGAUUAAAUAUUUAAGAAGUUCCGUCAAUUUUUUUAAGCUGGUCAAGAUAAAGUCUAUCGUCAUACUUACCUGGGCGAGUACUUGCAGGACCGUGGCAGUGUGUGCCGCCUGUGUGUAUUUUGUGUUAUAUGUUGCAUGUGGGCUCUCUCUCUCUCUGGAUAUAAUGUGGGAUAUUUAGCACAAGGGUUGGUUAUAGUAUGUGAGCACGGGGAUUGCACAAAUUAGUUGACCUGCUGGGAUUCAAGUGAAUAAUUAAUUACUAAUUGAAUCCCGGCACAACUGUAGAUGUAGAUGCACGUUUCACACAGUCUAGGUUGUGUGUUCGAGAUUGGAGAAAUGGAGAGGAGAAAAAAAUAAUAAUUAAAAUAUCAAUUGCUAUCGUGCUGGAGGGUCGGCACAAUACUUGUUUGGGUAGCG